AUGUGCUACGAGCACAGCGCCGCGGAGGGCGUGGCAGUAGUCCGGCUGGCGGAGCGAGCGCUCGCCCGCGCCGAGGUGGCCGACCGGCCCGCGCCCCCGCCCGCGCUGCUACCGGCGCCUGCGCAUAUGACGUGGCAUCUGACGACGCAGGUCAACGCCGCCGUCGAGCAAGCCGCGAGGGACUUAGAUCGUGCCAUUUCGGACCUGGACCAUAAAGUAUACACUUACCGCGGGUACGGACGGGAGUUCAUGAAGUGCUGCAAGACCAGCCCCGACGUCUACAUCCAGCUCGCUAUGCAGUACGCCUACUACAAAAUGUACGGCUACCUAGUGAGCACAUACGAGUCGGCGUCGCUGCGGCGGUUCCGCGGCGGGCGCGUCGACAACAUCCGCUCCGCGCACCACCGCGCCCGCGACUGGGCCGCCGCCAUGUGCAGCGCUGAAACACCGCCGCUGGGGGACUCCACCGAAGACGGACACAAGAAGGUUUCCUUUAACCUCUACGGGGAACAAAAGAAGCUAGAAUUGUUCGAGGAGGCGGCCCGCAAGCAGACCGCCAUAAUGGAGGACAACAUCCUCGGCCGCGGCAUCGACAACCAUCUGCUGGGGCUGCGAGAAGCUGCACGAGCGGUCAACGCAGAUCUACCACCUGUAUUCACUGAUGCCACUUAUAAGCAGAUGAUCGAGUUUAAACUUAGCACUAGCCAGGUUACCACCACCACCGACGGUACUUUCAUGGGUUACGGUGCCGUAGUUCCCGACGGAUACGGCGUCAGCUACAAUCCCAAGAAGGACAGCAUCAUCUUUUGUAUCUCUUCCUUCCACGCAUCCAGCAUCACUAGCACGGAAGCUUACCGCCAAUCUCUAGAAGAAGCUCUGGAUUCUAUGAAGCUCAUGUUCCAACAUAGACAACCCGACAAAUGAGGGACAAGCUAAGUAUCUUAAUAAUUUAGGUGUUUGAAAGAAUGGGUUUUGGGGAAUUUUAUUUCAAGGUUUUAGAGACAGGAAGGUUUGAUCAAAGUAAG